GUUUUUUUCUGGGUGGCACAUGGCAAACUGCGGGGCAGUUGGUCUGUCAGAGAGUGCCCUUGUCUAGGACAGUAAGCUGCUGAGCAUCGCUGGCUGUAAGCGCUUCUCUGAAGGACCAGAAAAACAUGACAGGAGCUGCUGGACUCCUUCUCUGUUGCCUGCUUCAAGGUGCUUUGUGCCAGAGCUGGUCAGUCUUCCUGCCUCAGAGUCUGGAGACACUGAGCGAUUCCUGCGUCGUCAUCCCCUGCAGAUUCACCCUGGCAGACGGAUGGGAUUCGAGCCUCGACGCCACAUGUAAAGCCAUAUGGAGGCGAGGACGCUGGGUCCAGACACCGGUGUUUGAUUCCAGUCUGACUGGGAUCAAUGCACAACGGAACACCCUUCAAGGAAAACUGACAGGGAACCUGCUCGACAAGAACUGCACCACUGUGUUCAACGACCUCCCCGCCAGCCAUUACGAUGACUAUUACUACUUCAGAAUCGAAUGUCAUAAUUCACUCAAGUACAACUACGAGACCAGCGUCAAAAUCAGCGUGAAAGAUUCACUGCCCAACCCAACCCUCACACCCUCGAGGGUGGAGGUACUGGAGGGGACCUCCAUCCACCUGACGUGUUCGGCUGCGGCCCCCUGCCCCUCUCAGCUCCCAACUCUUACAUGGACCCCUGAUCUUGGUGAGGCCGAGGAGAAACCAGUAACUCAAGCUGUGACCUCCGUCCUCACCUUCACUGCAUCUCACCUCCACCACGGUCAGAAAAUCUCCUGCACCGCUCUCUACCACCUGCAAGCUGGCAAAAGUGACCUUUCGCUGACGGGAAGUUUGACUGUCAGCGUCUUGUAUCCUCCGAAUAACACAUCAGUCAGUCCCCCUGGUCCGGUACUGGAGGGCAGCUCAGUGACUCUGACCUGUAGCAGUGUUGCCAACCCAGCGGUGGAUAGCUACGCCUGGUACAGUGUUGAUGGCGAUCCGAUAACCCCUGUGGGUUUCAGGAAGACAUUAUACCCUAAGGUGACAGAGGACAACAGCCAGUUUUACUGUGAAGCCCAAAACAGAUAUGGGACCCAGAACUCGUCCAUCAUUCAGAUAGAUGUGCAAUUUCCUCCAAAGGAAACGACAGUGAGUGCCGAUCCGUCUGGUCCACUGCUGGAGGGCCACUCUGUGAUGUUCACCUGCACCAGCCACGCAAACCCACCGCCAACUAAUUACUCCUGGUACCACGUUAACGGGGAUAAUGAGAACAUGGUAGAAUCUGGACCCACCUAUGGGAUAGAUGUUGCCCAACUGUACCACGGUGGAGGCUACUACUGUGAGGCAAAAAAUGACUACGGAGAAGCAAAAUCAGCAGCCAUCCAACUGGCCAUUCAGUAUCCCCCAAAGAACACCUCUGUCUCAGCUGAGCCCUCUGGCCCGGUGCUGGAGGGCAGCUCAGUGACUCUGACCUGUAGCAGUAUGGCCAAUCCAGCGGUGCAGAACUACACUUGGUACAGAACAGAUGGCAGAGAGAAGGAGGCUGUCGGGUCUGAUAAGGAGUUCACCUUCAAUGCAACCAAGCUUUCAAGUGAAGUGUAUUCCUGUGAAGCUCUGAAUGACCACGGAGCUGAAGACUCUGAGCCCGUCAGUGUGGAUGUGACAUUUGCUGCUGAGAUCCUCCCUUCCUCUCGCUGUGUCAAGAUUUUAUCCCGGAUCAGAUGUUCCUGUGAGAGCCAAGGAAACCCGCCUCCCUCUCUUCAGUGGGAAUUGGCCGGAGAGCCUGUCAACCACUCUGCCGACAUCCCUGUCGGGGAGGUGUCUCUGGGCAGCAUGGGCCGGAGAAGCUUCAUCACUUUACUUCAAGUGGAAGACAUGCCCAGUGUAGUCUGCGUCAGCAGUAACUCAGUAGGAUCUGAUAAACUGGCGUUCAACGUGUCAUCCAGUGAGAUUCAAAUUGACUUUCUAGGCCUCCAUACCAUUUCUCUGCUAAUCGGCUCUGGUGUGGGGGCGGCGGGGAUGAUGCUGCUGUGUGCUCUGGUGCAUCUCAUUGUCUGCAGGAAAAAGAAAGGCGGCCAGUCGCCUAACAGAGAAGUUGUGGACGCUUCAGAAGUGAUUGAGACUGAUGGGGAUACACACGUGGAGGUGGUUUAUGCCAAUAAAGCCAUGCUGGAGGAUGCAGGAAGGGAGGUGGAUGCUCUCCACUACGCCAAUAUGGACUUUGCUAAACUUCAGGCCAGGUCAGAGGAUAAGCUCGGGGAAGGGGGGAUCCGAGGCCUGUCCUCCAGAACGGCUGAGUAUGCUGAGAUCCGCUUAGACUCCAGGGAGGACAUUGGAGGAGGUGUUGAGGACAUUGAAGUGGCAGAAGACACGACUGUUGUACAGGGGAAAAACCUAAAUGGUCAAGAGGCU